CGCUUAGUUUCAUAGGAUUUUAUUAUAAUUUGCUGCCUUUGACCGACCAUGACGAAAAAAUUUGUUUCCUUUGCCAUUUUUGUUUUAUUUUUCUUUGUUUCCAUCUCAUCAUCUAAUGGUGAUGGUGAUUUAGUGUUCCAAAAUUACACUAAUAUCAAUCUUACAAAAGUCAUCGAUGGUGAUGGCGGUGUUCUUUUCAAAAACUAUAGUCAAAUCAAUCUUAAUCGUGUUACCGGACCGGAAAGUAUUGCCUUCGAUUGUAAAGGUGAAGGACCAUAUGUCGGUAUAUCCGACGGAAGAAUCUUAAAAUGGAAGCCCAAUUUUGGUUGGCAAGAAUUUGCCAUCCCUUCACCAUUCAGGAAAUUGUGUGACGGCACAAGAGAUUCGAACAUUGAACCCAUAUGUGGAAGACCAUUGGGCUUGAAGUUCGAUAGUCGAACAUGUCAUUUAUAUAUAGCGGAUGCCUAUUUCGGUCUUUUAGUUGUUGGACCAAAUGGUGGCACGGCUAUAAGGCUGGCUAUUUCGGCGGCUAAUGGAGCUCCAUUCAAAUUUACGAAUGGAUUAGACAUCGACACAAGCACCGGAAUGGUUUACUUUACCGAUAGCAGCACUCUUUUUCAAAGAAGGGAUGCUGACUUUCUGAUAAGUUCCGCUGAUACAACCGGAAGGCUGUUGAAGUACAAUCCUUAUAACGGAGAAGUGUCCGUUUUGCACGACGGUUUAGCUUUCCCUAACGGGGUUGCUUUCAGUGCAAACAAUUCGUUUCUUCUGGUGAACGAAUCGAUAAAAAGACGAAUACUGAAGUUCAACGUGCACGACCCCAAAGCAGCUCCCAAAGUAUUCCUCGAAUUACCCAGGGUUCCGGAUAAUAUAAAGAGGAACGAAAAGGGAGAAUUCUGGGUGGCCCUAAACAGCGGAAGAUUAGGAACACUUGGAAACGGUGUUCCAGAUCCAAUUGGAAUGAGGUUUAACGAAGAAGCCAAGGUUUUGGAAAUCUUGGAUGGAAAGGGCGCACCCACUUUUAAUUCAAUAAGUGAAGUCGAGGAACACGGGGGUAAAUUAUACAUAGGGUCUGUUUUGAAGUCGUAUGUAGGCAUCUUAAAUGUCUAAUUGAAUUUUUUUUUCUUUUUACAAUUUUUUAAUUGUUCUUGUUUGUUUUUAUUUUCCUCAAUAAAUAUAUGUUAACGAUUCUAUUUUCGAGAAA